CGCCGCCCGAGCCCCAACCUCCCUGGAUCCCAGCGUCACUCCACCACCACCUCAUAUAUCCCACAGCAGCAGCCGCCCAUGCCGCCUAUGCGCGCCUCCGUCCUCCUCCAGGCGCCGGCAGCACGCCCCGCCCCACGCCGCCUGCCACGCGCGCACCUACUCCAAACCGAUGGCUCGUUGGCCUUCCAGGCUGCCGCUGGCUUGUUCUUCCUCUGGCCACCGCCAGCUCACCGGCCGUUCAUCUUCGCCACUUACUGAAGUGGGGCUCUGCUGCCGGAGCACCCUUGACGUUCACAACCACCAUUCCAAGCCAUUCAAUGCCACCACCCCAGGCCGUUCAUUGCUAGCAGCACCAUGGAUCCUGCCCCUCGCCCUAGUAGUUUCAGUUAUCAAUCCCAUAUAUCUUUUAACCAGGUUCAUGGUGAAGCCCAGGGUGCUCGUCGGCGAUCACAAUAAGCAGGCCGUCGAGAAGGAGCUGGGCAACAUGGUGCAGCGGUGUGGCCAGUUCAACUACCUGAAUUGUUUGACAGCAAGUCCAUGUAUUACUACAUAAGAAGUAUAAAAAAUACUGCUUGUGAGAGUUCAUUUAAAUCCUGGUCAGUUCAUCUCCUCAAAACAUAUUUACUUCUUCUCUACCCGUUCUAUCUCCUGAACUGUUCAUGUUGCAUCCUUUCUCUCAUGAUGUGAUGUUAUUGCUCUGUCGUAGGUACAACAUGGUCAUAGAAACAUCAUAUAGCUGACCACUGUGUUUGAUUUUGGUCUGAGCGACCAUGCUAUGCUACCUACAAAACCAUAUAGUUUGAGUUUCCAUGCAUGCUCUUAGUUUUUGUUGUGUGGUUAUGCAUCUCAUAGUUUUUUACAAUGUUACAUUUACUAGCUCGUCAGUCUUCUUUUACCUUCAUGUGCCCUAACUUCUAAAGAUGAAGUAUUACAGUUGCUAGUUUCAAUCUUCUUCUACCUUCUUGUGCACUUCUAAAAGAUGAAGCUAAUAGAGUUGCUAGUUUUGGUGUUACUUUAACUUCAUGUGCAGUAAUAAAAAUACACAAAAUUACCCAUCAGUUCAAAGUGUGCCAAAGAUACAGUCCUAGGUGUGUUGUAGUGCGUGGUUAAUUGGUUACUGGUAUGUGCAAGGCCCGACCGGUGACAGUGAGUAGGCGGCUAGUGUACUAUGGCGAGCAAGGAGACAAACGCAUGGAGCAGAUGUGUGUGGCGAGCCGCUCAUGGCCGAUGCAGCGGCUGUCUCUACUGCUGGGUUCCAGUGCUACCCCGCCAGUCACUGUUGCCCCAUGUUGGGUGUUCCAGAGCUUCAAUGUUUUCAGUUCGUAGUUUGGAUGCUUUUCAGCUCAUCUACUUUCCAAUCAAAAGUCUGAUCAUCUUUGUGUUUCCAUAUUCUGCACAAGAAUCAUUACACAUGCUGGUAUCUCAUCUCUUAGAUUUUUAUUUUUUCAGGAUGCAGCCAAAACCAGAUGUAGCAGUUACAAAAAGGGUGAAAUUGGAGGAUCUACAUUAUUCUUGUUGGACGUUUAGAAAACAAGCAAAAUUUUGAAAGAAAAAAUAAAGUAGACGAAGUUCGUAAUUUUGAAGUUUGUGAUUUUGGCUCAUGGCAGGAGUGACGAUGAAGGAUGUGAAGCUUCACCACCAUUCAAAACUCCAGUAUGGUCCAGUUCGUCAUGAGGAUCCAAAGCUUCAACUUUUAGUACAUCUACUUCCUCAUUAUGGGAGAAGGAAAUCAGUCCAACAGGCGCAUCUAAAGUGAGAUGUCGCGCACCGCCCACUUGUUCUCAAGCUGCCCGUUCUUGUCGUUCCAGCUUGCCAUCAACCACAGUUGUCGCUCAACCCCCACAAUGCAUCCACGACCACACGUAGCCUCCCAUUAUUGUUUCCCACACCAUGCUCUCCUGCGUAUUGGUGGCCUUGAUGAGUUGACUAAUUGGUUGCCGCUCCUGCGUGCUACAGUAUGCCUCUGAGUUGGUCACCAUUUACAUUUUUGUUUUAAGUUCAUCUGUGUUCUUGUUGUCAGUCCGCCUGCAAAUUUGUUAUCGUUGUUAGUUCAUGCCUGUUCUUGUUGUUAGGUCCUGUGUAAGUUUGUUAUCGGUUCAUGUGUAUUGUGUUACUUUUGUUUCUUCAUUAGUACAUAUCCACCAACAACCCGUUCAAUGAUGUAAGCCAGGCAAGUUCGAAAAGAAAUGGAUAAAACAAUGGUGAUGGUGAAAAGAAUACAGACCAUUCAACGAUGUAAGCCA